AUAAUUUACGGAAUUUUGUUGUUUCAAAACUUGCUUCCCAAUAUUCAAGGCAAAGUUAAAGUUGGCAUUGUGUAAAAGCUAUGUACUAUUUUGAUUAGCUUCAUUCGAUAACUAAGUUUCCUUACAACCAGAGAAUUCAAGGCUGUCAAUCAUGAACUGGGCUGAAAGUCUUAAGAAAUGGACCGCAAGCAAGCAGACCGAAAGUCAAAGAUCCAAGUUUGCCGAAGAGAAAGCAGCUGAAGAUGAACGUCUUUUCAAAGAAUUUUACGAGAAGUACAAAUCUCCAGCAUGCAAUGGUGACGAUGGUAUAGAAAAUGGAAACGAUGUAAAACCACAAAUCCCAAGAUUUUAUUUUAAGCUCCCCUCUGAAGAGGACGUCCUGCAACAGAAGUUGCGUGAAGAAUCUAGAGCUGUUUUCCUGCAAAGAAGAAGUCGUGAGCUUCUAGAUAAUGAUGAAUUACAUGAGCUAUGGAGCCUUCUGGAGAAGCACCAAACACCACCAACUAUAGGAGAUGAACAAAUGAUAAACUAUGAUGGUUUUCUCAAAGUUAGGGAGGAAGCUGGCAGCAAAUCAAAGCAUUUCUUCAAGCCAAUAAUAUUUGCAAAACUCUGUCAGAAAGAUCCAUAUGGUAGAAUUUCCAUUAUGCAAUUUUUCAACUAUGUAAUGCGCAAAGUAUGGCUGCAUCAAACAAGAAUUGGUCUUAGCCUGUAUGAUGUUGCUGGUCAAGGCUACCUUAGAGAAUCUGAUUUGGAGAACUACAUUCUUGAAUUAAUACCUACACUUCCACAACUUGAUGGGUUGGAAAAGAGUUUUUAUUCUUUUUAUGUGUGCACAGCUGUCAGGAAAUUCUUUUUCUUCCUUGACCCAAUGCACACUGGAAAAGUGAAAAUUCAAGACAUCCUGUCUUGUAGCUUUUUAGAUGACUUACUUGAACUUAGAGAAGAAGUUCUUUCCAAGGACAAGCAAGAUUCAAACUGGUUCUCUGCAUCUUCAGCCCUUAGAGUUUAUGGGCAAUAUCUUAACCUUGACACAGAUCAUAAUGGAAUGCUUUCAAAGCAGGAGUUAAAGCGUUAUGGUACAGGCACACUCACUAAUGUUUUUCUUGACAGAGUAUUUCAAGAAUGCUUAACAUAUGAAGGCGAGAUGGACUACAAGACCUAUCUUGAUUUUGUCCUUGCUCUUGAAAACAAAAAAGAGCCACAGGCUUUGCAGUAUCUCUUCAAAAUUCUGGAUGUAAAGAAUGCAGGGUUCUUGAACACCUUUGCUUUGAAUUAUUUUUUCAGAGCAAUACAAGAAGAAAUGAGAAAACAUGGACAUGAAGUUGUGUCCCUUCAUGAUGUCAAAGAUGAAAUUUUUGAUAUGAUAAAGCCAGCUGAUCCCUUCAAUAUAACACUGCAGGAUUUGAUUAACUCUGGGCAAGGAGAUACUGUUCUAAACAUGCUGAUUGAUGUAAAUGGGUUCCUUACUUAUGAGAACAGAGAAGUUCUAGUAGUGGAAGGGAACAAUGAAGACUUGGUUUGAUUCUUCUGAAAAUUAAAAAGUACAAUACAUUAUUGACUUUAAACACGGAAAUCUAGCUUUUGCCUACUGCAUUACCAUUGAAAAAUUGCCCCAUAUGAUGAAGGUUUCAGUCUCAUAAAUUUCUAGAUAGCAAAAUUGUCCUCAUAACUUAAGAUGGAACCUUAAAAUUUACAUUGAAAUAAUUAAAGGUCCUAUCAGCUCUGAGCCCGGCAACAUAUGCCAGUUUACCUGACUAGAAAGCACAUCUUAAGCAGCUGUACACACAUGCUACUUGAAAAUCUCUUUGACAGUGGACUUCUUCGAAAGAUUUUCUUUGCAGAUUUCCUCCAACUUUUCAUGGCCUCCCUACUUUGAAAAUCAAGGGUAUUCCCUUUUAUUGUGUCAAAAACAAGACACCCUAGCUAGAAAAUAUAGAGUAAUUGUGGACAAUAGCUUGCUUUGUUUUUCUUUUUCCACCAAAAGCUUAGGAAUGUGUUAUGUUACAUUUCUUGCAAGUUUACAGACUACUUUCCUAUACUGCAUGAACGAUACCAUAAACAGCGAAAACCUUGAUUUUUCUACCCCCUUUAAAUGUAGAAGGACAGCAAAGUACAUUAGAAGAUACAUUCAGUGAAAAGGUGGAAAUUUAAAAACUUUUAGAGAGCCCACAUCAGACAAUUUCUGACAACAUUUCCUGACAAAGAAGCACACUUUAGUCUUGUUUACUAUUUUACUCUUAUUGUCAUGUGAAGAUUUGCAUUCAAUCUUAGAUUCUGUUGGCCAAAAUUAAGUUACUACCACUAAGUUGGCAUAGUUUUGGUGAAUGUGGGCGUGGUAGUCUGCAUCAUAAUAAUCUAAAUUGUCACAAAUUACCUAGAGCUUUAAAGUUGGUUUAAAGUAAGCCCAGUAAAUUAUUUAAAAAAGAUAUUUCGAGACAGAUUCUUAGUUCACACAAAAAUAAAAAAGGUCCGAAUAUGAAGUCUUUAUUUCAUUCUCACGGAGGCAUCCCUAUUUGUACAGAAGAGUUCACAACAACAGAUUAAAACUUGGAUUCCAGUUUUCUCGUUUUAUUUUUUUCCUUGUAAAGUACUUUUCUUUAAACAUACUUUUAGGUGCCGUUUAUAGUUAGGCCGAUAAGGAGCAUUUCCGGAAAUGUCAUUAUAAACAAAGAUUGUGGGUCAUUGUUAAGGGUUUUUCUAUUGAGCAAAAGUCCAUUAUUCAGCGCUAUGUCUGCAUAAGAAAUGUAUUCUUAUUUAUUUGUCUUUACUGCAUAACCAUAAUAAAUAUUAUUUAAAGAUUUCAAGUAAUUCCUAGAAUUAUUUCUGAAAAGCUAAAAUGCUGUUAACGGCAUUGAGUCAUGGUAAAUAGGCUUUCACUAUAUGGGGUCAUUUGGUCAUAUCGGCGUGAUCGCUGCUGUUUCAUGUGAUAUUUGCAUCCGUUGUUGACAACUUGCUCUUGAUAGAAAUUGUUUUGUCAAUCAGUACGAGGUGAGUUCAUGUGACCAGUUCCAGGCCAACCAAUAGCAUUGAAGUCAUGAAAAUCAUGACUCGGCAGAUUUUGGCACUUAGGGUAUACCCAAUCCAUUUUAUCAUGACUCAAUGCCUUUAAGAGACAAGGCUCUUGACGUUUAAUUGAAAACAUGAUUCAAGUUCUAUGGAAAACUCUGUUGCUUUCUUUUCGAAAGUAUAGUAGUGUUGUAGUAGGUUGAAGCUACCAAUAUUCGUAUUUCAAUGUAAAACCAUCUAUUCAAACUUGAAUCAAAGUCAGCCAGCUCACAUGUAGGCAGUGGCGUCGCGUGACCAUUCUCGCUGGGGGGUGUAAGAGAUGCAAAACCCUAAUUUACCGACAGAAAUUAUUUUGUUACAUUAAUAUUUUGUUAUAAAUUUAAAUAUACCGACGAGUUCUCUGAAAGUUGAGGGGUGUACGCCCCCACACCCCCCGCACGCUACGCCCCUGCAUAUAGGCCCCGGGUUAGCUAUACGGAAAUGAGCUUGUCCGUUUCCAGAGCCAGCCUGUUUACCAGUGGCGGACUUGCCAAUCGGCCCAUGGCAAGCAGUUCUGAUUCAGCAGUUAACUUGAACGCAAACUCGGAUAAUGCACUGCGAAUGAUAUUUUAACGUCUUGAAAAUUCGUCUUCUGCAUUGUCUUGAAGAUUCGAAUAAUCCAGUUUCAAGCUUGCGCUUGACUGUUAAGUAUGAAGCACGAAAGGGUAAAGGGAGUGUCACAUGUUAUGAAAAAUUGCUCUAGACAAAAUGGCUAACUUUUAUGGUAGUUUUUUCCACCAUUAUCCUUGAUGCCACAACGCGGUUAUCAUACUUCAGCAAGAAAAUGAGAGGGCUAUAGCUCCCCUCCCGGCUCCGGUGUGCCUGGCAGGACCGAUCACUAAUUUCUUGGAAUGGAAAAGAAGAAAUGCAAAAUCGGAUAGCAUUUGAGUUUCGAAAUGAAAAACCUAAACGUUUUGUGAACAAUAUCGUACGUAAGCACGUAUAUUGAGUGCAAGGACGUCUGACAAUGCAUUUGAUUUUAUGAAAAUUAUGAACACAAUUUACACAUGAGAUUUUCAUUUGUUAUACUGUACUACAAAAUUGAUUUUUUGAGACCUGCAGUUGUAACAUAUUUAUAUAUCUUCUUUUCAAGCACCUUUCUUUUAUAGGACAAACAUUGAUAACAGCAAUUUCGUAAUUGUUGAAGUUUUUAUCCUGUUAAAUAAUUCGUUAUUAUUAUCAUUAUUAUUUUCAUUAUUAUUAUUAUUAUUAUUAUUAUUAUCAUUUUUUGCUGUAGGAACAAAACAUGGACUAACCCAGAGCUACUCCCCUUUUAACGUUUUUUUUUCUUUUCUCUUUACUACGAUUGUAAUAGUCUUAUUUUGUAAAAACAGGCUAGCCAGUUACAAAUUACCUUGUAAUAGUGAGAUUUGUAAUUGUAGUUUUAACUGGAAUUGAAAAUGAAAAGUUUCCAUUAUUAUCAUAAA